AAAGAAUUUAGUUGUUUUAAUUAAUGGAUAAUUUAGCUUAACUUGAAGCUUUAGACAGUUCAACAGUAAAUACAACUCAAUCCGAUUAAGCUACAGCAAAUAAUACUAUGAACACAGUUUUUGGAAAUGAAUUGGUUCGCUCUAAUUCAAGUCCUAAAGUCUAACCUUUUAGUGGAAAACCAUUUAAAAUUGGAGUAAUCUAUAUUAAAAUCAUUUAGAUUUGUGGUGGUCACUCUUCAGGAAAAGCUUUACUAACUGAAAAAUUGAUGAAUGAACUAUAAUCAUUAGGGUUUUUAGUUAGUGUAGUUAAACAAGAUAACUUUGAUGUAGACAGCGAUGAUUUCGAUCAUUUGUAUUUUUUUAAUUAAUCAUCCUAGUAAACAAAAUUCUGAUCCACUUAAUAAUGUGCCUUAUGUAAAUAAUUAAGAUUAUCAAAAAUUUUUGGUAUAUAUUAUUAUACUAAUGUUUAGACGACAGCCAUCAAUACUCUAUUGACUACUAGAGACAAAAAUGUUAUAAUAAUUGAAGGAACUUUGAUUUUGUAUGAUAGAUAUUUAAGAGAUUUGCUUGAUUUGAAGAUAUUCUUACAUCAUGAUCAAGAUGUGAGAUUAUCAAGAAAAAGUAUUUAAAUUUUAAUUAAACUUUUAGUAUAUAAGGAAGUAUAUACUAAACAUAAAGAUGUAGAGAAAGUUAUUCAUAAUUACUUAAAUAGAUUAAAACCUCUUUAUGAAUCAAUAAUAAAGCCCACUGAGUAGUAUGCUGAUAUCAUUAUACCUAAAUUUGGAGGAGAGUUUUCAUUAAAAUCAGAAGAAUAUUUAGGAACAUAAAUACAAGCAGGAUUUGAUAAAGUUAAUCCUAACAUUUUAAAUUUGCUUGUAAAGAUUGCAAAAGCCAAUAUUUUAGGAGGUGACAAACUUGAAAAACUAGACAAGGUUCAAACACCCACAAAAUGAUUUAUAUAUGUAUUUAUUAUAAAUGUUAUCUGAGAUUCUUAG